AUGCGUAACAACUUUCUUUGUAUUAAGCCACGUCUAGAAUUCUGUCUAUAUAUUAUCAUUCACUUCCUUUCCGGACACUUUCCUUCUGGUAUCAAACACAUUCAGAGAAACAGAAACUACUAUCGGUUGAAUUUACCAACAAGUAUCAAAAACAAAAAGCUGUUACCUCAGCACAACUUAACACCAUAUCAAUCUCACCCACACCACACAAACACAACUCAAAAUGUGCACCUCAACCUCCACCGGUCUCGUCAACCGCAACGGUCCUGGCUCCGCAGCCUCGUCUACUAUCUCUGA